CUGCAGCCUGGCUCUCGCAGGUGCAGCCAGAGCAGGCUGAGCUGCGCUCCCCAGAUGCUGUAACAAUGGAGCUGAGCUGCACUCAAGUACCUCUUUAUGGACAGAUGACUAUACAAGCAAAGUUUGACAAAGAUAUUUACCUCCCAGAAGAUGCUGAAUUUUACUUUGUUUACGAUGGAUCAACUCAGAGACAUAUAACAUUUGCUGAGCGAAUUAAUAAUAAUGCUCUGCAGUCCAUCAUUCCAGGCCAUGGAUGCCAAGAAACAGUUUCAGUCUCUGUGUUCAUGUACAUGAAGGGAUGUUCACCUGUGACCCUAGGCUGCUCUUCUGUCACUUACAGGCAGAAUCUGGCUUGCAAGUUAUCUCAUUUUCUGAUUAGCCACUUUGACUGUGUCACUUCUACUAGUCACCAGACACUGCUUAGUAAGUUUGGGCUAACUGUAGAAGAUUUGCAAUCACUGGAUCAUGAUGUGAUGCUGGCCAUAGCUCAUGAAGAACUGCCACCUACAUGGAACAUCCUUGGAAGUUGUUCUGAAGAUGAGUCUAAUUGCAGAGAAACGCUUCUUCAUCUCACUGUAAGAUUUGGCUUGGUUAAACUCUCGCAGUUCCUGUUAUCUCAGCCUGGUGGGCUGCUAGCAUUAGCUUUACCUAAUGAAGCUGGAGCAACGCCAUUAGAUCUGGCUUCACAGAAUGGGCACUCCAGACUUGUUGAAAUCUUCAUGAAUUUUCAGGGCAGUCAUUCAUUUGACAUUUCUAGAGUUGUGAUCAGCGAGUAUACUUUCCUACAGUUUGCUCAUUCAUCAAGAACUCUGACACUGACAUUUAAUCGCACCACAGAACAUUUGCUGGAGUCUGACAUUAAGCUUUUCAGGAAAUACUUCUUGGAUCGAACCUCUCUUUAUAAGAGUCUUAAUUCCAAACAAGCUGGGACAGUGGAAGGAUCACAAAUGCCCUGCAAUUCAACAGAUUCUACAGAAGAUCCCAUGAACUUGGAAUCUGAUUCAUCAGCACCUGGAAGUGAAGAUGUGAAGCCUUUCAAGGACACCGUGGUUCCUUCAAAUGAAAAUGAAGACCAGGUCUUGUCGGAUAUUGAACUACGGCAUUCUGCACUUGAUGUCCUCAAGAAAUCCCCAAAUCCACCUGCCUUUUUUGCUGCAGCCACACAUACUGCCAUGCUGAAUGGAAGUGAUGAAGUAUAUGCAAACUGCAUGGUAGUGGAUCAAGGUAGAGAUUUGGAUGUUAACUACAUUAAUGUUGACAGCAUCACCACUGAAAUAAGCACAGAUCAUACCUGCUCAACCCUGACACCAAAUAGCUCAUCAUCUGUCUCACUUAAGAAAAGCAGCCAAUAUGUUUAUGCAGAAAAUGAAGAUAACCAAAUGGCAAUGAAUAACAUAGACAACAUAGGCUCCCAGCUCUUCACUUCACCUUCUAAUGUGUAUGCAGCAGGUUCGUAUCUACCACUCAAGUCUCGUGGAUUUAAUACAGAACGAAGUCAACUUUAUGCUGACCUGAAAAAAAGAAGUUCUAGUCUUGAUGACCUUGAAGUAGACAGUGGAAGUGAAGGGAUUUCUGACAGAUCCCAUAUUCGCUACCCUUCCCUCAAUUCUUCAGUGACAUUGGCUAGCAGCAGGGAUGAAUUAGAUUCUUCUGAGACAAGCACUGAUCUCGAUUACAGCAUCCACAGAAUGGACUCUAACAAUCUGCUGUCAAAGGAAUCGUUACUUUCUGGAAUUCGAUCACGCUCUUACUCAUGUUCUUCACCCAAAGUUUUAUUAGGGAAAUCUCGCUUUUCACGUGACUUCACAGUUUGUGAUUCAAAUGAAGAUGGUGUACUCAUGAGCAGUGGUCGAUCCCUUCUACAGGCUCUUUCACACUCUAAAUCAGUGUCUCUGCUCCAUCCAUGUAAACAACGAGCAUACAGCUUGCCAGAACAAUCGAGGGAAAAAAGGAUUAAGGAGGAGGAAUGGGAUAAGUAUAUUAUACCUACAAAAUCUGAGUCAGAAAAAUAUAAAGUGAGUCGUACUUUCAGUUUCCUGAUGAACAGAAUGACUAGUACACGAAAUAAGUGCAAGACUAAAAAUAAGGAAGCCAAAGACAAACUGAACAGACAUCAAUUUAUUACUGGGAAUUUCUCAGGCAAUAUCCUGUGUAUGGCAUGUGACAAAGCCCUCUUAGGAAAAGAGUCAUUGCAGUGCUCUUAUUGCAAUGUGAUUGUGCAUAAAAACUGUAAGGAUUGUGCUCCUGCAUGUACAAAGAAAUUCCAAGAGAGAUACCACGUUAAGACCGGAUCACAAGCAGUCCUAACAAAUUCAUCAUUUAGAGAUCUUCCUCAGCCCAUAUUCUCCUCCAUACAUCCGUCUUCCUCAAUGCCCACUGGACUUUCUGCUGUAAAGAAAGAAGUCUCACAGCAACCUCAUGCUUUAUCCAGAAGUGUUCCAUGUGCCAGUUUUGAAAGAAGAUCUAUGCCUUCUGCAGACCAAGACACUGAUAGUAGCAGCUGGAGGGCCAAUUCACAGCCUGAAAUGCUGUUACAAUCUAUAGGAACCCUUCCGUCAAUGGAUUCUUUUGUCAUGGAAGAUGAUGUGGAUGCCUCCCUGUGGACUGACCUUAGCACAGAGGCACAGGAGUUUGAGGCAGAAUCUUGGAGUCUUGUUGUGGAUCCAGCAUUUUGUAGCAAGCAAGAAAAGGAUGUUAUCAAAAGGCAGGAUGUAAUUUUUGAGCUAAUGCAAACAGAAGUACACCAUAUUCACACUCUCUUCAUUAUGUCUGAAAUAUUUCGGAAAGGAAUGAAAGAAGAAUUGCAACUAGAUCACAGCACUGUAGACAGAAUAUUUCCCUGCUUAGAUGAACUGCUAGAAAUUCACAGGCAAUUCUUUUGCACUUUGAAGGAGAGAAGACAGGAAUCGUGUGAGGGAGGAAAUGAGAGAAAUUUUUUAAUCAACAGAAUUGGAGACAUUCUGGUACAGCAGUUUUCAGAGGAAAGUGCCAAUAAAAUGAAGAAAAUAUAUGGAGAAUUUUGUAGUCAUCAAAAAGAAGCUGUUAAUAUCUUUAAAGAGCUGCAACAAAACAAGAAAUUCCAGAAUUUUAUUAAACUGCGAAAUAGCAAUCUUUUGGCUAGACGUCGGGGAAUCCCAGAAUGCAUUCUGCUUGUCACACAGCGCAUCACAAAAUACCCAGUUCUGGUAGAAAGGAUACUGCAGUAUUCAAAAGAAGGAACAGAAGAGCAUAAAGAUUUAUGCAGCGCCCUUUGCCUGAUUAAGGACAUGAUUGCAGCAGUAGACUUGAAAGUCAAUGAUUAUGAGAAAAGCCAAAAAUUGCUAGAGAUUCUCAAUAAGAUUGAAAAUAAAACUUUUACCAAGCUGAAAAAUGGCCAUGUUUUCAGGAAGCAGGACCUAAAAAAGAAAGAGAGGACACUUUUGCAUGAAGGUUUAGUGUACUGGAAAACUGCUACCGGACGUUUCAAAGAUAGUUUAGCUCUGCUUCUAACUGAUGUGCUGCUGUUUUUACAAGAAAAAGACCAAAAAUACAUAUUUGCAACUGUUGACCAGAAGCCUUCUGUUAUAUCCCUUCAGAAGCUGAUAGUCAGAGAGGUAGCCAAUGAAGAAAGAGGGAUGUUUCUGAUUAGUGCUUCAUCUGCGGGGCCGGAGAUGUAUGAGAUUCAUACAAACUCUAAAGAAGAACGCAAUACCUGGAUGAGGCAGAUUCAAGAUGCAGUGGAAAGUUGCCCAGAGGAAGAAGGAAAAAUUAGUGAAUCUGAUGAGGACAGACAGAUAGCUGAGGCCAAAGCAGCCAAGAUUCAAAAAUAUCAAGAAUCUCUAAGUAACCAGGACCAGCAGAUCUGCAGUUAUUUGGAAGACAAACUGCAUAUCUAUGCAGAGCUUGGAGAUAUGAGUGGAUUUGAGGAUGUCCAUGUGGAACCCCAUCUCCUUAUCAAACCUGACUCAGGAGAAAUGCCACAGGCUUCCUCAUUGCUGGCAGCAGCCCUCAAGGAAGCUGAAAGCCUCCAUGUUGCUGUAACAUCGUCACAAGCAAAUGACACAAACAGGUCAUCAGAGGAGAGUCCUGGAGAACCAAGCUUGAGACUCUCACCUAGUACCAAUGAAAUAGUUGACUCGUCUACUGAUUCUACAGAAAUAAAAGGAGAUGAAGAAUCUUUUGACUUCAAUCCCAGGAUUUGUCAUGCUGUGAAUGAAGUGGCAGAUUCUGUGCUGGAGGAAAAGGUGGAACACAUUAAUUUCUCAGGUUCCACAUCAACAGAGGUUGUACAAGCAAUCCAGAAUUUAACCCGUCUCUUGUAUAGCAUACAGGCAGCCGUAACCAUCCAGGACAGUCAUGUGGAGAUCCAUAAGACACUACUGCAAGAGCAUGAAAGGACUAGUUGUGGGCACAGUUCUCGUGGAAACCUACUGCUUGACCAGGAAAAAUACCGAAAUUUGGAAAAACAAAGGGAAGAACUAGCAAAUAUACAGAAACUUCAGCAACAGUUUCAUCAGGAGCAGCAGCGCUGGGCCCGUGAGUGUGACCAGCAACAACGGGAACAGGAGAUAAGAGAGAGUCAGCUGCAGGAGCGGGAGAGAGAUUGCAUGUGUCAGGAAGAGAAUCUUCACAGGAACCAGGGAGAACUGGAGCAUCAGCUGCAAGAGUUCCAGCAGGACCUAGAAAGGCUUAAGGAGGGCCAGCGGAUGGUGGAAAUAGAAAGAGAUAAGGUGAAGAUGCAACAAAAGAUAUUGUGGCACUGGCAACACAGCCGCCAGAGCAGCUUGCCAGCAACAUUGCCAUCUUCAGUGAGCAAUGAGAUAAUGGGACGCAAUCAGAUGGAGAGCUUCUGUGGUGAAAAUUCAUUCUUCAUAAAUGAAGCUUUAGUACAGAUGUCAUUAAACAGUCUCAACAGGUCAAAUCCAACUCUAGUUUACCAGGAUGGUGUAUAUGGGAUAAACACCGCCAGUUCAGAAAUAAGCAGGACUAGUGAAAAUCCACCAGCAGUCACCCAUGAACUCUGGAAGUCUACUGCUCCCUGCCAUCAGACUUAACUCUGUCCCAGAUCCAGUGCCCAAGAACGCACAGUCUGAAUCCUGGAUGCAUUCAGGUCCAGCCGCUUGUAGAGGUU